UUUUGGCAUUUGUCUAUAACCUUUCUUUUACACUUUUGUAUGCUGAACGUGUUGCUUUUUAAAACGUGUCUGGUUUCUGUUUUUUGGAUUAUAGUUUCAUAGAUUUAAAAAUUAUGGCAGAAAUUGAAAUCAAGAAGGAAAAGAAAAAGAAAAGGAUCAAGGAAGAACCCAUCGAUGUGGACAUCGGUGUAUUGCAAAAAACAGGUGACUUUUCGGUGAAGCCGUCUGAGAUAUCGGCGAAAUUAGAUGCUUCGCAAUGGCCAUUACUAUUGAAAAAUUUCGACAAGUUGAAUGUGCGCACCAAUCACUACACACCAUUACCUCAUGGGUCUUCUCCGCUUAGCAGAGAUAUUAAAGAAUAUAUGAAAUCUGGUUUUAUCAAUUUGGAUAAACCAUCUAACCCCAGUUCGCAUGAAGUAGUCGCAUGGAUAAAAAAAAUUUUAAAGGUUGAGAAAACUGGACAUUCUGGAACAUUGGAUCCAAAAGUUACAGGAUGUCUCAUUGUAUGCAUUGAUCGUGCCACCCGCCUAGUUAAAUCACAACAGAGUGCUGGUAAAGAAUAUGUUGCCAUCUUUAAGUUACAUUCUCCAGUAGAAUCUGUGGCAAAAGUUCGUCAAGGAUUGGAAAAGUUACGUGGUGCCCUUUUCCAACGGCCACCAUUGAUUUCUGCAGUCAAACGACAAUUGCGUGUACGUACAGUUUAUGAUAGCAAACUGUUGGACUACGAUGAGGCUCGUAAUAUGGGUGUUUUUUGGGUUAGCUGUGAGGCUGGGUCUUAUAUUCGAACCAUGUGCGUGCAUUUGGGCCUAGUUCUAGGCGUAGGAGGUCAAAUGUUAGAGCUGAGGCGAGUGCGUUCUGGAAUACAGUCUGAGCGUGAUGGUAUGGUCACAAUGCACGAUGUUUUGGAUGCCAUGUACCUGUAUGAGAAUCAUAAAGAUGAGUCCAUGUUAAGACGAGUAAUAAAACCACUAGAAGGCUUACUUGUUAACCACAAGCGCAUCAUAAUGAAAGACAGUUCGGUAAAUGCCGUUUGUUAUGGUGCUAAAAUUAUGUUACCCGGUGUAUUACGUUACGAAGACGGCAUUGAGAUUGAUCAAGAAAUUGUUAUCGUAACGACUAAGGGUGAGGCGAUUUGUUUAGCUGUCGCACAGAUGACUACAGCAACAAUGGCGUCUUGUGACCACGGUGUCGUCGCUAAGAUCAAACGAGUUAUCAUGGAGAGAGAUACUUAUCCGCGUAAAUGGGGCUUAGGACCGAAGGCAUCGGCAAAAAAAGCACUAAUUGCUGCAGGAAAGUUAGACAAAUAUGGACGUCCAAAUGAAAAUACACCCAAGGAGUGGCUAACUGGAUUCGUGGAUUAUAAUGCGAAGAAACCAGAGGCAGCUGUAGCACAAAAAACUACACCAAUAAACGGUACCAGCACAGAGGAGGGCAAGAAGCGUAAGCUUAGUGCGUCCAGCCAAGAUGAAAACACAAUGGCAGCAGCUGAGGCUACGUCAGAAAAGAGGGAAAAGAAAAAGAAGAAGCACAAAGCGGACAAAGAGAGUGUCGAGGAAAGUGUGCUAGCUGUUGCGGCUGAAGAAACAGAAUCAACAGAAAAGUCAAAGAAAAAGAAGAAGAAAAAAGAUAAAGACAAAGAGAAGGAUAGCCAAGAGUAAAUAAUGUGUUUAAACUGCUCGAUUCCUUUCUGCGGACGGGGUUUGCAAUGCAUUUCUUAGAUUACUGCUCUUAUUGACGAGAAUCUUAAUUUACUUUUUUAUUUUCACUCUUUUUUAUGUAAAGUGUGAAGUCGACUCAAAGGUGUUAAUAGGUUAUUGCAUAUUGUUGCAUAACUUAACCGUCGACCUCAGUUCAAAUACAAUGUUUACAAAUAUUGUAGCUAUAAGGUUUAAGAAAAGUCUGUUAAUUGUAGACUUCACUAUAAGUUUUGAAGCUGUAAAAAUGUCAUGGGACAUUUAAGUCUGCUAAAAUAUAUGUAGUCUAUAGAAUGUA